AUGACUCUUUUCAACGAAAAAUUAUUCGUGAUGCAGGUUCAUAAUGAAACAAUCCAGUAUAUUACUACAGUGGCCUUGGUAGUGAUGGUGCCUCGUAGAGCUCGAAAACACGGGGUAUCCGGUAAUUUCACUUGUGGUGAUUUUAAUUGUAAAUACCGUGAAUUGUGUAAGUCCGGCCCUGGACCAAGGGAGUUGGUGUUAAAUUGCAAACAUAAGGAUAAGAACAUCAAAGAUAAAAACUUUCGUUGUACCUACAGAGGAAAUCCACAUAAUAGUAGCAAAUACAAUAAAAAUCAGAAAAAGUUUUACCUUCAACUGGCAAAAGAAGCUGCUGAUGCAAAUGGUAACCUUGAAAUUAUUAAUUCCAAAAUAUGUCCAGGGAUAAAAUUUGAACGUGUAGACCCACCUCCUAAUAUUGAAAUAAUAGAAAACGCCAUAAGUCCAAGGGGUUCGUUUUAUGAGAAUAUUAUGGUUGGUUUGGCGUCCAUUUUUGGCGUUUUUCAUUCACUCAUAUUUUGGAUUAAAAGCAGUUGUGGGAGUAAAGAGGAAAAGGAAAAAGCAAGGGAAAUGAAGAGGAAAGAGGAAGAGGAAAGAGGAAGAGGAAAAGGAAGAAGAGGAAAAGGAAAAGGAAGAGGAAAGAGGAAGAGGAAAGAGGAAGAGGAAAAGGAAGAGGAAAAGGAAGAGGAAAGAGUAAUAGCUAAGAGGAAAGAGGAAAAGGAAAGAGUAAUAGCAAAGAGGAAAGAGGAAGAGGAAAAUGAAGAGGUAGAGGAAGAAGAAAAGGAAAGAGGAAGAGGAAAAGUAAAUGGAGGAGGAAAUGGAAGAGGUGAAUGUAGGGAAAAGAAAGAGAGAAAGAAAAAGAAAAAGAAAAACUAUUUGCUGAUGUUGCUUAUUUUGUCUAUCUUUAUGCUUUCAAUUUUUAUUUUUCACUAUUUCCUUAUGUUGCUGUUGAAAAUCGACUUCAGCUACCCGAAUCUCUCGAAAUAUGAAAAUCUCGAAAGUAACAGAUACAGACAGGGAAAGUCCGGACAGUUGUAUUUGAAUAUUUCAUUGCAGGCGAACCCUGUGUCGAUUUUGUCAUUUUGGAUAGUGAUAUGGGUAGCUAAAAUCGUAUUUUUGCUUGUUCUUACUAGUGCUUUAAAAUAUUGUAAUUGA